UUUAAAGCGGGAGUUGUUUAUCCAAAUUCUGUCCUGUUAGAAACUGAAAGUAAAUUCGACAACUUUUCUCUCUUCCUUUUGCUUCAUCCCAGGUUUUUCGACUUGUAAGACAGCAGGAGAAAUGAUUGAUAUGGGACCAGACCAGUCCUCUUCCUCUUCAGGAUUGUGAGACUUCCUCUCUGAGAGUUAUAAUGAGUUAUCAUCAGAUUGAUAUGGGACCAGACCAGUCCUCUUCAGGAUUGUGAGGUCUCCUCUCUGAGAGUUAUAAUGAGUUAUCAUCAGGGGGCUGAGGGUGAAGCCAUCCCUAAAAAAAGACGUAAAGUUGGGUCACCAAACAAGGAUCUUGAUGAGACCAUGGACCCUGAUAUGAAGAGGUCUUGUACUACUAGGGGCCCUCCAGAGAGCGCAGAGUCUAUUUCCUCUGGUUUUCUAUCAAUGAAGACUGAGCGAUCCAUGGAUAUCCCUAUUAAUAUCAAAGGAACAGACUCUCCACAAAACAAAGGGCCAGGAGCGGUACCAUGUGAUAUCUGCUCUGAGGUCCAAGCUGUGAAGUUCUGUCAGACCUGCAGUGUGUCCUACUGUGAGACCCACAUCAGACAGCACUAUACAAUACCUAAACUAAAGAGACACACGCUGGUGGAUGUGACUGGAGACCUGGUGCAGAAACUCUGUCAACAUGACUACAGUCCUCUGGAGGUGUUCUGCAGGACAGACCAGAUGCUGAUCUGCAGUCAGUGUGCAGAGACAAACCACAAAGGACAUGAUACCACCAUCCAUGAGAUAAAGAAAGCAGGAAGACAGCCUAAGAGUUUUGAUAGAGACCAACACACAACGUUGGCCGCGGAUGAUGUGCUGCCCCCUCCUGGUGACAUCCAGGUCCUGUUGCUGACGUCAGACUCUGUGUCUCUGAGCUGGAGUUCUCCUAAAGGAUUGAAGGGACCACAGAAGUUCAGAGUGACCUGGGGUUGUGACGUGGAACCGUGCAGUAUAGGGGUGAAAAAUGUUCAUGAAGUUGAAAUAAGCAGACUCAACCCUGGUAAAAAGUACCAGUUCAGUGUGGCUACAGAGGGAGAAGAUGGAAGCCAAAGCAGAUGGAUCUCAGCAUCCCUAUCCGCAGUACCUCCUGCUCCAGACCAGCUGACUGUUGACUUAGUGGAUGCCACAUCAGCUGCUGUUAGCUGGAGCCAGCCACCAGGAUUGGACCAAACCCAACAUCAUUACCAGAUCUCCUACACCUGUCCAGGGACAGAACCACACAUCACUACCACAUCUUCACACAGCAUCACUCUCUGUGACCUGCAAGGUGGUACUCAGUACUCUGUCUCUGUCUGUACUGUGCUGGAAGAUGGAAGGAAAAGUCAACUGGUGUUAACAACCCUCACCACAAGAUCCUAUCUGAUGGAUCUGUUGUCAAAGGCUGGACUAGAAGAUCAUUAUGAAAACAAGCUGACGUUAAGUACUGUCCUUGAGAUAAAUGCUGAUACUACAUCAGAUGAACCUCUUACCACUAUGCAGUCACUUCCAGGGGCCUUCCUUAAGAAAUUAAUGAUGGCAAAUCUGAAUGCUAGGAGUGUCAAAUGUAUGUCCACUGAUGCAGAAGUUUCAUUUCUGGGUACAGACCGUUUUGAGAAUCUAAAAAGUGACUCUGCUAACAGUAAUGUCAUUAAUCCACUGGACCUGAUCACUGCCCUGUUUCUGUGUUCAGAUGGUUUCCUGCAGCAGGAGAUGGUCCAGAAAAUGUCCAUGUGUCAGUUUGCUGUUCCUCUUCUGCUGCUCAACUGUGACACAGAACAAAUCACUUUGAUGCUGUGGGCCUUGAGGGACAUAGUGAAGAAGUUUAGACUCUCUUCCCAAACAUCCACAAAGGCUUUUGUGGAGGAGAGAAUUGUACUCUCUGAUAUUCCCAUGGUGUCCUUUGUUAGGUUAGGUGAGAUUAGAGUGUCCAAGUCUCAGAUCUUGAACAAAUUGCUUAGUAACCCUCAGCAGUACCAUGAUACAUUUGUUCAUCGUGAUAUGGAAUGUGGCGACAUCCCUCAUAGAAUCUCAGAUGGUCUGGUUGAAAUCAGCUGGUACCUUCCAUGUGGGAACAGAAACAUAGACAUCUUCACUAAGCCUGUGGCGGUUGCCAAUCUCAGAGGAGACAUCAGGUCCUUUGAAAAACAGUUCUCCUUUCUGUGUCAAACAUCAGCUGCAGUUUACAUUUUCACUGAUGAUUUAAAGGCAUAUCUCAAUUUGUUGAAAAGCAAAAACACAAAAGCAAAGAUAUUUCUGGUCGUCAACUCUCAAAGAAAAUCAUUCAGAGUAGACACAUUAAAACAAAUGAUCACAAACUGCAGUAUCAAUGACCAAAAUGUGAUUGUCAAGAAAAAGAAAAACGAUGCAGAAUUUGUCAAAACGCUGCAAUCAUCUGUUGGUGACAUCAUUGAAAAUAGUCCAGACCGGUUGACAGUGGAAAACAUGACUGACAUAGCUCGUCACAGUGGGAUUCUGGUUGAUGAAGACCGCCAUGACUGUCAGAGUGCCAGGAAGAUGGCAGAUGAAAUCACCAGCAACAUCAGAGACACAGUCAAAUUUAAAGACAAACAGCUACCCUUACAAGGGAAAAUCUGGAAAAAGCUUUCCCAGUUGGAGAAAGAGAGAUGUAGACUGAGAAAACAAGGGGAUCAAGACAGUCCUCUGAAUACAAAGGAGGAAGAGCUGAGAGAGAAACAACACACAUUUGACAUGUCAGAUGCAAUGGCAAGCUUCAUUUUAGGAUUGUCAGGUUCAGGAGCGGAGCGUUCCUAUUUCCUCAAAUGGAUGCGGAUAAAUCUGGACAAUCUGUCACCAAAGAACCUGUCUGCUUUGCGGGACCAGUACAAAGCUCUUUGCCAAUAUUCUCCGGAGAGAAAAGACGACAUUAAAGAUUUGGAUAAGCAAUUAUCUGACUGUUCCUUGGGUCUUGAACACUUCCUGCGUGAGUUGGGCCAGUUAUAUGAAGCUGCCUGCUCCCUCCCUGAAGACAGUCCUCAAAGGAAACAGAUGGAGCAUCUCCCUGGAUUGUGUGCUCAGAUGCUGUUGGAUGGUUUCCCCAUUGAGCUUGUGGAUGGAGAUGCAUCAAAUAUCCCUCUGAAAUGGAUUUCAGCUGUUCUGACUCAGCUUCAUACUCUUGUGGACUCUAACAGUAAGAUCCUGGUUGUCUCAGUUUUAGGGGUCCAAAGCACUGGGAAGUCCACUCUCCUCAACACCAUGUUUGGGGUCCAGUUUGCUGUCAGCAGUGGAAGAUGCACCAGAGGGGCCUUCAUGCUGCUGAUUAAAGUCAACAAAGAACUCAAGGAGGAGCUGAAAUGUGACUUCAUCAUGAUCAUUGACACAGAGGGGUUGAAAUCACCAGAGUUGGCUCAACUAGAUGAUAGUCAUGAACAUGACAAUGAACUGGCCACACUGGUGAUAGGACUCAGUGAUGUCACUAUCAUCAACAUCUCCAUGGAGAACUCCACAGAGAUGAAAGACAUUCUGCAGAUUGUUGUUCAUACCUUCCUCAGGAUGAAGGAAUUGGGGAAGAAGCCGAUAUGUCAUUUUGUGCACCAGAAUGUGUCAGACAUGUCUGCUCAUGACAACAACAUGAGAGAGCGGAAGAAGUUGUUGGAACAGUUGAAUGAAAUGACCCAGGCAGCAGCCAGAAUGGAGAAGAAGGAGAAUAUCACUAAGUUCACUGAUGUGAUGGAGUAUGAUCCAGACACAAGCAGCUGCUACAUCCCAGGACUCUGGCAUGGGACUCCCCCUAUGGCUCCAGUCAAUGCUGGAUACAGUGAGGCUGUGUAUGAUUUCAAAAAGAGCUUGAUGCAAGAUUUAAUCAAAUGCCAGAGUAAUGAUGACAUGACACAUUUCCUGAAGUGGACAGAAAGCUUGUGGGAGUCUGUCAAAUUGGAUAAAUGAAUUGUAAGUGUCAGAAACAGCUUGGUUGCAGAUGCAUACACCAGUUAAUGCUUUAAGUACAAUGGUUGGAACGGUCCUUCAAGAAGGACAUUUAUUCCUGGAUAAUGGGUGCUGAAAGCAGAAUAUAAAACAGAUCCAAACCCCCAAAUGAGCAUAUGAAUCGUGCUGAAGGACUUGUCCUGUCAUCCCAAUGGUGGAAGCAGCUUAUUACUGUCACUAGGACAGCAGAAUCCCUGCCCAUCAGGUUCUAAGUGUUCUAAGUUACCAGUUAGAAUAGUAGAAUACACAACAAGGUGCAAUUUAGAAAUGUGGUUUUAUAUCAGCAGUUUUUCUCUUGUUAUGUAAGUCACUGACAGUCAGUCAUUUAGCCCAUGUCAGCAAAACAAAGAUUGCUAAGUUAGUUUAGCGGCCAGCUAUCUAAACUAUUAUGGUUGAAUUACCUGCUGGGGUCUCCUAUUGAUUUUGUCAGUCUAACGCCAAUAUUAUAUAUUUUUUAAAUGUAAUUAAAAAAUGAUAUUACAUUAAAUCAAAUGUAUUUGUAAAGCUCUUUUACAUCAGCAGAUAAUUAUACACAAACUCAGCCUAAAAGCCCAAACAGCAAGCAAUGCAGACGUAGAGUCACGGUGGCUAGAAAAAACUCCCUAGAAAGGCAGGAACCUAGUAAGAAACCUAGAGGAACCAGGCUCUGAGGGGUGGCUAGUCCUCUUCUGGCUGUGCUGGGUGGAGAUUAUAAUCAUACUGUUGACUACUAGUUGACUUGGACUGGGGUAUGAAGACAAAUCUCAACAUUAGAAAAAAUAUAUUCAUAUAAUUUGUAUAAACAGCUGGAUUAAAAUUAAAUGAAGAUUAUGCUCAUUGGGAUGAAACAAGGAUAUAUAUUUACAAGAGGGAAGUGUAACUAAUUAUGAAAGAAAGGUCAUUUUGUUUGUUUGAGCUUCGAUAUUGUAUAUUAUCUUUUAGUUUGAUUUAGUUUGAUCUUGUAUAUCAUUCAUACAGUCUUUGAAGGAAUAGCCCAGUGAUGGACUAAAGGGGUCCAUAGAUCAGUGCAGACUGUACAUACUGUGAUUGUAAAUAUUGUCCAUUAGAUUUACCCCCAUACAGAUGUGAUUCUAAAUGUAAUGCUAUGUUUUACACCUUUACAAAAAGCCUCUGAAACAGAUACAUACAUACUUGUUUAAGGCUUUUGUAUGUUUGUAAGCAGAGAACAUCUUAGUCCUCAUCUUAUGAAAGGAAGUUGCAUUAAGGGCUACUUUAGUUGCAUGUUAAAAUAUUCAUUUCCGUCAACAAGUUCAUUAUUCCAUUGUUUGUUUAUUUGCCUGAGAUUUGUCAAAUGUAAAGAAUGUAAACACAUCUGAUUUCAUAAAAACAUAUCUGCCUUAUUUGCCUUUAGAGAAAUGCAUAACCAAUGAUUCAUCACCUACAGGACAUUUUUUAUAUAUCUAAUUUCAAAAUCCCAGCAUUAUUUUAUUGUAGAAAAAUCCAUGUAUCAUAUCCUAUGAUUAUCCUAUGAUUAAUAUACUUAUCAUCAUACUAACAACAAUGUACACCACUUAUCAUCGAAGGACUUUUUAAAUAAAAACUGUUCAUUGAGA